AUGAGACGAAAGCGCAACCCUCGUAAAGUGAGCGAACGCGUUCAUACUCCUCGUAAGAAAGCUUCGUCGGCCCCGCAAACUUCCCCUCGAGGCACCAAUAUGCCCCCUUUCAAGGAUGAGCACAUCCUGUUGAUUGCGCCGGGAUCGCAAAUGACCCUGGCGCAGCUCGGUCUCCCCGAAACGUUUACGCCUGCGCAAUUCCGCUUCCCAACUCGCAUGUUUCCGGCUGAGAAGAAGGGAGAAUUUGAACCGUACCGCGUCAAUGAAAAACGUCAACAGGUCAAGGUCAAUAAUGGCCCAGCUGCUCCCAAGCCCGAUGUGGAGAUGAAAGACGCCGAAGCUACUGCGCCCUCCACCGACGCGGCUGUCAAGCCCGAGGGCGAAAAGGAAACUACCGGGGACACUGAGCAGUCGACCAAGACCGUCGAGGAGAUUUACUACGAGGAGGACAUGGCCUCCGACGAAGGCGCAACCUACCCAAUCCAAAACGGGCGCAUUGUCGAUUGGCCCUGCUUCUUUGCUCUGCUCACCCACGUAUACAACACUCUGAGCCCGCCAUUCCACACCCCGAUCUUGCUCAUUGCACAGCCUGUCUGGUCAGCCCGCGAUCGCGAGGCAAUUGCCCAAUUCAUCUUUGAGAAGUUCAAGGCACCCGCCUUCAGCCUGAUGGACGCGGCCCUCGCGGCUUGCUACGGCUAUGGUACAUCGACUGCCACCGUUGUCGACGUUGGAAAGGGCAAGGUCGAUGUGACUGCUGUGACCGACUUCGCAGUCAACGAGCACGGCCGUGGAAUCGCGCUCGAGGGCUGUGGUGGAGACGCCAUGACUGAUCGCUUGGUCGAGCUUCUUGGUGCUAAGGGAUUCACUCGGGAAAUGUGUGAGCAGCUGAAACGGAGCAACAUUACCGAGAUCCUUCCUCCGGGCACACCACUCCCCGGCGCGGCCGCUACCGCACGACAGGGCGCCAACCCCGCAGCCGCCGCUUCAACCGGUGGCCCAGAUGCUAACGACUCCGCCCCUCGAGGUCCUGGUGAUGGCACCCAAACUGGAACAGAGUCGAAUAAUGAUGAGGAGGAGGGUGUUCUCGAUGUUGCUGCCAUCGUUAGCGGCAAUACCACCGAAUAUCUGGCCAACAUUGAGAAGGAAAAGACGUCUAAUAAGAAGGGUGCAGCUGACCCCAAGGCCGCACGUCUGCCCAACUCAAAGAAAGAGAAGGCUUCCUUCCAGUUCGAGGGCUUUGCGCAGCUCGAGGGGGAGAAGGCAGCCGCCAGCGGCCCUCGUCAGUACGCCCGCCACACACGGGACAUCGAAGUCAGUGUAGAGCGUUUCCUCCUGACAACCCCUCGUUCCAACGCUGGAAGCCGCUUGACCGGUGGAAUCCUCGAGGACAUUGCCACCCAGAUCCACCACACCAUUCUCGCCGUUCCGGAUGCCACUAAGCGCAGCGAGCUCUGGGAUUCCCUCAUUAUAGUCGGAUGCGGAAGCAAGGUCAAGGCAGCUCAUGGCGUAAACCCUCUGCUUGUGGCCGCCACCCACAACAACCCUGGAAUGCCCGGCGCUAUCCCCGGCACUCCUUCUAUGGAUCCUAACAUGGCAUCACACUACCGCUCCACCGGUCAUUCUCAGACGCCCACCUCCACCAAGACCCUGAAGCUCCCUGAGUACUUCCCCGACUUCAAGGACCAGGGCAACAGCAACGCCCCUGGCGCCAGCGCAGGAAACACUGGGGUGAACCCCGGCGCGUCCCAAGGUGGCCACGGCUCAGAGGAGGCCGUCUUCCUUGGUGCUCAGAUGGCUGCCAAGGUCUUCUUCGUUGUCGACCAGGGUCUCAGCAAGGGAUAUAUGAGCCGGGCUGACUACAACGAGAGCGGACCGUCUGCUAUCCACGACACACUCAAUAUGCCACGCGCCGAAGCAGGGAGUACCAAGGCUAUCGGCAAUAAGAUCAAGUCGAAAGGACUGGGAAGAUUGCGAUGGUACUGCCAGGCGUGCGAGAGACAGAUGAGAGACGAGAAUGGCUUUAAAUGUCAUACCCAAACCGAAGCCCAUGUUCGGCAGAUGAUGCUCAUCGGCGAAGAUCCGCGCAAACAUAUCGCAACUUACAGCCGCGAGUUUGAGAAAACCUUCAUAGACCUACUUCGAACUACACAUGGUACCAAAUCGAUCAACGCGAAUCAUUUCUACCAACAGAUUGUCUCCGACAAAGAACAUAUCCACAUGAACAGUACGCAAUGGAAGAGCUUGUCACAGUUCGUGGCGCAUCUUGGAAGAGAAGGCAAAUGUCGAGUGGAGGAUACCGAGAAGGGUCUUUUCAUCGCAUGGAUCGAUAAUAGUCCCGAGACCCUACGUCGCCGCGAAGCGGUGUUGAAGAAGGAACGGCAAGAAAAGGGCGACGAAGAGCGAGAACAGCGCCAGAUCAAGGAACAGAUCAAACGAGCUGCUGCCUCAGCCAAGGUGGAAGAGGAAGAUCCCGAGGCGAAGCUUUUACAGAGGAAAGAAGGCGAGACGAUAAAGUUGGACCUGGGUCUAGGCGCGAAGAAAGCUGAAACAAAGCCGGAUUCGCCUCAUAAUACGACAGCGGAUGUGACGACAGACGCGAAAUCGUCAGAAUCACCAGAUGGCACUACUGAACCCCCUGCAACAUCUGCCCCGGCGCCUGUCAAGCUAUCAAUGUCUAUGGGAGCCCAGAAACCCAAGAAUGUGUUUGCGGCGGUUAAAAAGAAUCCUUUGGCAGGCAAAAAGGGUUCGGUUUUCGCGCCCCCUAAGAAAAUGACUGAACAAGAACGCAUCAUGAAGGCUGAGAUGGAAGCGAUGGAUCGGAAGCGGUCUCGUCCGGAUUCUGGCUUCAUGAACAAGCGCCCGAAAAUGACCUGA